AUGGCAGGUAUAUAUAAUUUUUUAUACAUUAUUAAUUUUAAAAAUUAUAUAUUCAAAUAUUGCAUUCACUUUUUACAAAUACAGUAUGUAACUCCAGAAAAUAUCCAUAUCUCCGCCAUGGAAGAGAUUGGAAAUUCCAGAGAGUAGGGGGGUUCAUUUCUUAAGAUUUCCAGUCUGGGGAGGUAAAAAAGCCUGCAAGCAAAUAAUUGGGUUUAUAAACCCAUUGAGCGGCAAAUAUACGGCCCAGUGCACCCUACUUUUUUUUUUUACUUGUCUAAUGCCAGACGAUUUUACUCGUCAAUGGGGAAGCUCUGCAGCUUAAUGGGUUAAAGUGUUAUUAUCACAAUAUUACAAUAUUACUAUAUCACAAUAUUACUAAAACGAUUUGUCUAACGAAAUUAAAAUUUAUCUCGGAACGUGUGAAUUGCGUGUUUGUUUCAGAUGCGUCACAAUGUUGCAUAAGUGAAUUAAAGACCUAAAUUUCUAUUGCUGUUGUGGUAUACAACAGAGUCGCAUUAUUACACAAUUAUAGCGACCUGCUAAAAUAUGCAAAGUCUCUGGGCCACACAACAUUGGUCAUGGCCCCACCCCCAGAUUAAGAAAAAAAGGCGAGUGCCUGGGGGGGGGGGGAUGGGCAAUUAAGAGGCAAAAUAGAUUUUGAACUUUGCUUUUUUUAUAUAGAUUUCAGUUGUAAAUCACCCAAAAAAGAAGUGCAAUGUUAUGUUCAUGCGGUUUCACCUGUGAAGACAGCAACUUCAAAUAACCGUAGAUAUUUCAAUUGCACAAUUCAAAGUGAAGAAAAAGUCGCAAGGGCAGUAUGUUUUUCCCCAGACAAACAUUCACAGCUGAAAACCCUGCAGCAAACAAAAAGUCCUAUAAAGAUCGAGAACUUUGGACAUGCAAGAAAUGAUGAGAAUGGUGAUAUGUUAAUCCACAAGUUCACAAAUAUAGUACCAAUAGAUGCUACCACAAUUCCAUUCCCUUAUUCAGAUAAUUUAACUGCUAGUGGUAUUAUGCCCAUCUCCUCCAUUGCAAAUUUAGCUGUGGAGCAGCUUGUUUCAGUUAAGGCAGAAGUUGCUCAUUUGUCAGGUGUGAAGAUUUUACAAACACAACAUCAAGGAACCCUUAAAAAACAAGAGGUUAUCAUAAGGGAUACAACAAGUUCUAUCAAGUUGACUCUUUGGGGGGACAAUGUUGACACACUAGCGCUUAACGAUACAUAUAUUCUUAAAAACCUGCGAGUAAAGUCCUUUAACAACACGAAGUUCCUAAACACUGCAAAGGGGGAAGAAUUUGUGCAUGAAGAGAGUACUCCCUUUGAACAGGCGUGUGUUAGUAUUGAUAACAUUACUGAUUUUGCAGAGAAGACAAUCUUUGCUAAAGUUUUAGGCAUUCACCAAGUCACACGAAGUCUCUCGUGUGUUUCAUGUAAUAAAAAAGUGAUACCGAAUCCUGAUGAUGACAGUCUUGGAGCCUGUGAAAGUUGUUAUUUGAAACAACUGACAGAAACGUGUAAUGUCAAAUGGUAUCUUCGUAUACUUGUUCAACCGUCAACGGAACCUAAUCGAAAGCUGCAUUUGAGUCUUCUCAACCAACACGUCACAGAGUUGUUGGCCCUUGUCAAUACUGAUGUAGAUCCAGAUACUGAAAGCUUCACCAAAUGA